UGGCAGUGUAUAGCGCAAUAAAUAGGUACGGAUAAUGGGGGUGUACAGAGCGGACGACAAUUACGACUACUUGUUCAAGGUGGUGCUGAUCGGCGACUCCGGCGUCGGGAAAUCCAACCUUCUCUCCAGAUUUACUCGCAACGAGUUCAGCCUCAAGUCUAAGUCCACCAUCGGCGUCGAGUUCGCCACUCGCAGCAUCCGCGUCGACGACAAGGUCGUUAAAGCUCAGAUUUGGGACACCGCCGGCCAGGAACGAUUGCUUCAUCUCCCUGUUCUGUCGUUUCUCUGUGUGUAUACGUUUGAAAUUUGAGAUCUGGUUGUUCUCAUUGUUUGUGUAGCGGGAUGUGAUUCGUGCAUUUGAGUUUUGUUGGAGUGAUUUUUGUUUUCAG